AUGUGGGAGGUUUUAUUGCCAGAAGCAGCCUCUGAGAGGGGUGAAGAUGUAAGAAGAGAAGGGGCUGUGGACGGGGGAAGACUUUUUAUCCAGUCCAUGAGGUCUCCAUAUGCUCAGCCAGAUCUGCAUAAGUAUAAAUCAAAAGGAAGAGCCCUUGGUGGUAAAGGGCAAGGUGACUCUCACAAAGGAUCCAGUUGUAUUAAUUUCAUCUUUGUGUUUUUCAAACUGUGUUGUGAAAUUUCAAGAAGAGUUCCAAUAUUUGAAAUUGGGAGAAGAACCACAGAAAGCAUGAGUGCUUCUCUGGUAAACACUCCACAGGGUCCAAUAACCUUCAAGGAUGUGGCUCUGGUCUUCUCACCGGAGGAGUGGAAAUGUCUCAGUUUUACUCAUCAGGCAUUGUACAUGGAUGCGAUGCUGGAGAAUUACAACAAUCUAUUGUUUGUGGAAAAUCAUCUCUUAUGUGGAAAACAUGGGAAGGUCUUAAAUCAAGACACAGAAUGCAUUGUUCAUGAGCAUGUGGAUGUACAAGAGAAGUCUUAUAAAUUUAAUGAGCUUAGCAAAAUGAUUAAUGAAUCUAACCAUAGCACACCUUAUAAAACUAACCACAGAGAUGCUCCACUUGAAUCCCCAAACCUGAAAAGACAUAAAACUGGAAAAAACAGAGAGGUUUCCAAAUAUAAAGACUAUGUAAAGUGUUUAAAUGAGUGCUUUUUCAUUAAUCUAAAUAAAGGAAUGCACAUAGGUAAGAAAGAAAACAAUGCAAAACUUCAUAAGAGUUUUGUGUCUAAACAUAAUCAGAAGCUGAAACAAAACAGUAAUGAGAAACCUUACAAAUGCAGUGAGUGUGACAAAUGCUUUACCCAAAAAGGCAAUCUUCAAAUUCAUCAGCGAAUUCAUACAGGAGAGAAACCUUACAAAUGCAAUGAAUGUGACAAAUGCUUUACCCAAAAAUGCAGUCUGCAAUGUCAUCAGCAAAUUCAUACAGGAGAGAAACCUUACAAAUGCAGUGAAUGUGACAAAUGCUUUAAGUACAAAAUUAGUCUGCAAUGUCAUCAGAGAAUUCAUACAGGAGAGAAACCUUACAAAUGCAAUGAAUGUGACAAAUGCUUUACCAGAAAAUGCAGUCUGCAGUGUCAUCAGCAAAUUCAUACAGGAGAGAAACCUUACAAAUGCAAUGAAUGUGACAAAUGCUUUACCAGAAAAUGCAGUCUGCAGUGUCAUCAGCAAAUUCAUACAGGAAAGAAACCUUACAAAUGCAGUGAAUGUGACAAAUGCUUUGCCCAAAAAGGCCAUCUUCAAAGUCAUCAGCGAAUAAUUCAUACAGGAGAGAAACCUUACAAAUGCAAUGAAUGUGACAAAUGCUUUACCAGAAAAUGCAGUCUGCAGUGUCAUCAGCAAAUUCAUACAGGAGAGAAACCUUACAAAUGCAGUGAAUGUGACAAACGCUUUAAGUACAAAAUUAGUCUGCAAUGUCAUCAGAGAAUUCAUACAGGAGAGAAACCUUACAAAUGCAAUGAAUGUGACAAAUGCUUUACCAGAAAAUGCAGUCUGCAGUGUCAUCAGCAAAUUCAUACAGGAGAGAAACCUUACAAAUGCAAUGAAUGUGACAAAUGCUUUACCAAAAAAUGCCAUCUUCGAAUUCAUCAGCGAAUUCAUACAGGAAAGAAACCUUACAAAUGCAGUGAAUGUGACAAAUGCUUUGCCCAAAAAGGCCAUCUUCAAAGUCAUCAGCGAAUGCAUGCAGGAGAGGAUCCUUACAAAUGCAGUGAAUGUGACAAAUGCUUUAAGUACAAAAUUAAUCUUCAAUGUCAUCAGAGAAUUCAUACAGGAGAGAAACCUUACAAAUGCAGUGAAUGUGACAAAUGCUUUACCCAAAAAGGCAAUCUUCAAAAUCAUCAGCGAAUUCAUACAGGAGAGAAACCUUACAAAUGCAAUGAAUGUGACAAAUGCUUUACCCAAAAAUGCAGUCUGCAAUGUCAUCAGCAAAUUCAUACAGGAGAGAAACCUUACAAAUGCAGUGAAUGUGACAAAUGCUUUGCCCAAAAAGGCCAUCUUCAAAGUCAUCAUCUUCAAUGUCAUCAGAGAAUUCAUACAGGAGAGAAACCUUACAAAUGCAGUGAAUGUGACAAAUGCUUUACCAGAAAAUGUUAUCUUCAAAUUCAUCAGCGAAUUCAUACAGGAGAGAAACCUUACAAAUGCAAUGAAUGUGACAAAUGCUUUACCCAAAAAUGCAGUCUGCAAUGUCAUCAGCAAAUUCAUACAGGAGAGAAACCUUACAAAUGCAGUGAAUGUGACAAAUGCUUUACCCAAAAAGGCCAUCUUCAAAGUCAUCAGCGAACGCAUACAGGAGAGGAACCUUACAAAUGCAGUGAAUGUGACAAAUGCUUUAAGUACAAAAUUAGUCUUCAAUGUCAUCAGAGAAUUCAUACAGGAGAGAAGCCUUACAAAUGCAGUGAUUGUGACAAAUGCUUUACCCAAAAAUGCCAUCUUCAAAGUCAUCAGCAAAUUCAUACAAGAGAAUAG